GUAAAAUGGCGGAAUCGAAUGGGAUGGGCCUCUUAUUGUGCUCUUAAAAAGAAAAAAAUGUUUCAUGCUUUUGCAUGCCGUUUUAAAGUUUACACAAACACUUCAAAGGGGUUUAGCGGGUUGUCAGUUUUGGGAUUUACCUGCUGGUUCCUCUCUUCACUAUGAAGAUGGGAACAGAUGGACAGGAUCACAAUGAUGAUGAGGUCGUGCCCGCCAAGUCACAGACUGAACAAUGUCCAGAUGAAGAGGAGAAAAUUGAGACUAAAGCAGACAGGAGGACAGUUGGUUUAAGAUGUUACCAAGGAAAUGGAGAGAACUCAGAGGAUGACCCUAGUGAACUGGGGUCUUCUGUUGUUGCUUCCUCUGAGCCUGUAUUCCUUGUGCCUCAGCUCAGCUCACAACCUCAGUACCUGGACUGUGACUUUGAUGUGGAGCUAACAGCAGAAGUGAGUGUAGAGGAUGGCUCAUCUCUUGCUUUGUUGAUGUCUAUUACCCCCAAUGUUGGCUACCAGAAGCCAGGAUACAUUUUAAGUGGACAUUUUCUCAUGCCUCCAUCACCAAGUAUAAAAAGAAGUUCUGUGGAAUGUUUUUUGCCUUCAGGCUCUUAUCCCAGAUGGUGUUCACGUCUAAUUCAGGCCUCUGGACUGAUGAAACCUCCCUGUUCCCUCACAACCACUCAAAGAGUCAUAGAGAUCGCCAAAAGCCCUCUCCCCUCAUCACCCUCCAACUCGCCAUCAUCUCCUUCAUCUGCUCCCUCUUCUCCUUCCUCCUCCCCCUCCUCCCCCUCAUCAUCCUCUCCUGGUGGAAAAGGUACAAACUACCAUGAGGAUGAGGGCAGAGGUCAUGCAGUAGACAGCAGAGCUAGCAAAGGAACUGGAGACUGCGUAUCAUCCACUUCAUCCUCUUUUGUGCCAUCACUGUCUGUGCCGUCUUCUUCUAAUCCUCCACUCCACACAUCUGCAUCAUCCACACAUCCAUGCAAUGAUGGACAAAGGGAGGGUGUAGAGAAUGACAUAUAUGAUCCAUUUUACCCAACUGAGGGGGAGGGGGAGAGAGAACGGGCAUCCACUGAGGAUGAGGAUGAAGUUGACAAGUAUGAUCCUUUUGAACCUACUGGUUCUCCAGCCUCUGAAACAGAGGAAGAGAAAACAUUUAUGGAUGGGGAGAAUGAGGGAGGAAGCAGCAUUAACAGUGAAGGGAAUUUUAUGGCUGAUGAUAGAACAUUGGAAGUAGGGGCAGCUGCUGGAACAGAGGGGGGUCCUCCAGAUUCAACAGAAAUUGUCUCUCCAUCUUGCAUGUUUAAUAAUGUAAUUUUGGACAUUAACAGCAAGCAAUCAAUCAAGGAUGGAAUGAGAGAACAAGUAAAAAAUCUAAGAGAAAAGAGAACAGACUCUGAACACUCUGAUAUAGAAGAAGGAGAGAUUGUGGGGGCCACUGAAAGAGGAAGAGAACGGGUGAUUGAAAGAAGGGAGGUGUUGCUUCCAUCCUCAAGCAGUCCCUCUUACCUUCAAGGGAGUGGCCCAAAACCAGAGAGGAUAUUACGGGUCUUAGAGGGUGAUGGAUUUGUAUCUGUCCGUGCUGAUGAAGAAUGGGAAAGGGAACCAGUGGCUUCUGUGGGUGUGGGAGAUCUGAGACGAAAACUGACGAGCAGGCGGAAAGAGAGGUUCAGGUCUUGCCCUUCCUCUGCAUCCAUAUCACCUCCAUCUGCCACAGUUUUGUCCUUGCCCUCUCCAUCUUUUCCCACUUCUCCACCCCUAUCCCCCAAUAAAGAAAGGAGUCAUAAAUCCUCCAAGAGUUCAAAGGACAGGGAUGGACGCAAGCGGAAAGAGGGAAGAGGGGAAAAGGAAAAGAGGAAAAAAAGGAAAGAGGGGAAGGAGUCAGGUGGAGGGAGGACAGAGAGCAAAGACAGGGACAGUGUAAAGAGGAGUGGAAGAGAAAACAAAGAAAAGGAAAGGGACAGAGGGAGAAGUAGCAGAAGUGAUAGUCGCAAGAGGAAAAAGAGACGUCGGAGCACUCCAGAACAUUUAUCUUGCUCCCAAUCUCAGAAUGUCUCCCACCGAACACACGGUCGCAGAUCAUGGUCCAGCCACUCUGAGGACCACUACAAAGAUAGAGACAGAGAAAAGGAAAAGGAGAGAGCAAGAGACAGGAAUCAUGAAAGAGACUGGGAUAGAGACAAGUGGCGAGAUGAGAGGGACAGAAAGAGCGACAGAAAGAGCGACAGAGACUCUAGAAGAAGAGAUGGGCGAAAGAGAGAUCGAGAUAAAGAUACCAGAAGAUCAAGCAGCAGAGAGAGAGGGAGUACAAGAAGGAGCAGAGGAAGCAGUGUCAGAAGAGAUAGAGAGAAAGAAAUGGUGAGGGAAAGAGACCGGGACAGGAGAAGAGAUAGCAGACCUGUUGUACCACCAUCUAUUCAGGAUCUCAAUGGCUCUGAUCUUUUUGCUAUCAAACGCACCAUCACUGUUACCACCACUACAACCACCACCACAGUCCCAGGUUCACCACCUCUUGAUCAGCGCCACUCCCGCAGCCGAUCCCAGAGCUCAGACAAACACCACAAGAGAAAGAAGAAACGAAGGAGACUAUCAGAUGAUGAGGAGGGAAAGGAAGAGGAGCAUAGAAGCAGGUCUCGACCUACCUCCCUCACCCCUCCUCGUUACCAUAGAUAUGAAUCAAACCGGCCUGAGGCAGACAUGCUGUCUUUGGAUGGUGAAGCUCUGGAUUCAGACUACCCCUCACUGGAGGACUCACCGUUGCUUCCUCCUCCUCCUGAGCCCCCCCUACCCAGCCCCAGAAUGAAAUCCACUGCACCCAAAGCAAGCCGACAUCAUUUGAAGAAGAAAUCUAGAUUUGUCAAGAAAGUUGGUCAGUCUGAAUCCACCUUCUCUUCCUCUUCUCAUAGACCAAAAGCCACAAGUAAAAAUAUCCUGUCAUCUUUCUCACCACCUCUUUCUGCAUCCUCGGGCAACACUACAUCCCUUCAACAUACAACUUCCUCAUCCACUGCUCAACGGGGACGGAAAACUGGAAAAACAGGGAAGAAGGAUUCUGGGCGAUCAGGAAGGUCCAAGAAGCUUAGUGGUAGUAGUAGAAAGGGUAAGCUCCAAUCUAAAGUGUCUGUCCUUGUGCGAGAGGGUGUUAGCAGCACCACUGGUAUCUCUGGGAAGUUGGGCAUUGACCUUGGAUCUGGUGGGGUUGUUAGUGGAGCGUCAGGGCCCUCAGUUGUUGGUGGAUCUAUUGCUGUGGUGUUCCGCAGGGACAAUGAGAGCAGGUCACCAUUUCUAAAGCCCUGCUCUGAGACUCUGGCCCUUCCAGGGAGAGGCAAAGACCUAAGCAAAUCGGGGAAACAACGCAACAUCCUUGGGCCACCGUCCUCAACCAAUCCAAGUGGACUGAAGUCAAAAAAAGUCAAGCCAAGCUCUGCUACAUCUACGUCUUCAUCCGCCUCUUCCCCUACAUCAUCUUUGGCAUCAAAACGCCGAAGAAGACUUGGAAAGAAGCCCAGAGAGAAAGGGCUAUCUGUGGAUGGAAGUGAUGUUAAAAGCUCUAAUAGUAAUUCUAGCAUGGUUGGUGGUGUUUGGGUGGGAGUAUCAACAGAAAUGCAGCCAUUGGUUGGGGUUGGAUCCAAGCCAUCCAGUCCUCCUCCUGCUCUCCCUGGCCCCACUCCAUCAUCUUCCUCAUCCUCCACUUCCUCAUCAGCAAGUAUCCUUCCACCCACCUCCUCACCACCACACACAUCCCCGUUGUCUGUGCCUCCCUCUCGAGACACUAGAGAGUCGUCCCCAGACUCUCAAACUGUUGAUAGUAGCUGUAAGACGCCAGAGCCUUUAUUCCUCUCCGAGGAGUGCCCUGGUCAGUCCAAACCCAUAUCUCUCAUUCCCGCAAAGUCACCACCCAGCCCUCCCAGCCUGCUGUCAUCACAGAUCAGGGGGGAUAGCAUAUCACAGUCCACUUCCAAUGCUAAAUCUCUCCUACCAGAUGAUCAAAAGGCAUCACCACCAUGCUCCACUUCUUCAUCGGCUUUAGUAUCGGCUUCCCUCUCUCAUUCCAGUGCUCCUCUGGCAAACGACCCCUCUUCAUCCUCCUCCUCUUCAGUGUCCUCAUCUUCUGUAAACAAGCCGCCACCACCUCCACCCCCACCAGCUCCACCAUUACCGUGGAGUCUUCAAACUGGAGUGGACUGCACUGCUGGAGGGGUUUUAGCAUUGACAGCCCUCCUCUUCAAAAUGGAAGAGGCCAAUAUAGCCAGCAGAGCCAAAGCACAAGAGUUCAUCCAGGCCACAAGUCAGAUUCUCUCACAGGCUAAUCAGAACCAGUCACAGCCACACGCUCAAUUAUCCUCGUCUCUGUCAUCACAAGUUCCUCCUCCUCCUCCAUCACAUGCUCCACCUCCAGGACCCAAUCCUGCACAAUAUAUUCUCCACAGCUCUGUCCCAUUAGUUGGCUGCACCAAAACCCCUCCGACACACUUGCACCCUGGACUCUCAAUGGGUGGAGGCUGUGCUCAGACUCCACCUCCUCCAUUGCCAGCAGGAAUGUCAGGGGCGACUGGGGGCUCGUGUGAAAUGGGCUGGGACAAUGAAAGUAAAGACCCUGACAAGUAUAUGAAGAAGCUGCAUACCCAGGAGAGGGCAAUCGAGGAAGUCAAAUUGGCCAUCAAGCCAUACUACCAACGCAAAGACAUCAACAAAGAUGAAUACAAGGAUAUCUUAAGGAAAGCUGUGCACAAGAUUUGUCACAGCCGAACAGGCGAGAUUAACCCGGUUAAAGUGAGUAACCUGGUCAAGCUUUAUGUCCAGAGGUACAAGUAUUUCAGAAAGCAUGGCCGCAAGAUGGACGAAGAGGAAAAAGAGGAUAGAGAGUCUGCUUCAAUGUAUUUCUCAACAUGAUUUGACAGACUUAUUUUCUCCAUCUGCUUGAACAUAUUUUGAAAAAUCUCAUCCCUUGCACGUGUUUGGGCCCAACAAGGCUAUUGAGUGACCGUUUAUGUUAUACUGCUCUGUUCCCCCUUAUGUGUUAACAUCAUGUAAACUUGUGUACUCCACCUGCCUUCCUGUCUCUCUUUCUUGUCUUGUUAUAAAUAUGUAUGUAUAGAGAAAUGUGGUAUGAUAUAAAGAACAUGAUGAAAGUGUUUGAAAGUAUAUAAUCAAGAGGGAGAGAUUAAGACGAUACACAUUUUCUCAUUCUUUAUUUCUGAGAAGGGUGCACAUUUUAAAUUGUCUGAUAGCUUAUGCAUUUAUUACUAUUAAGAUGGAUUUUGUGUGUGAGAAUGAAUGAAAGAUUUAAGAAUUGAAUGUUGACUUUACCCCAUCUGCUUUUCUUUAGAUGCGUGAGUGCAACCUGAUUUUUCUCACCGUAUUGAAGACCAUUUGUUCAAGCGUGCUAAUUGGGCACAUUACAUACUCUUUCACCUUCACAAUUUUUGAGAUAGCUGUGGGAUGGGGGAUAUGUUCUAUCAGUUCCAUAUCUCAAGGAACAGUGAAUGUGUAAAUAGGUGGAACAAAUUUAUGUUUUUUUUUUUUUUUUUUUUUUUUAAUACUUCCAGGCAACUGAAAUUUAAACUGACAAAAUGUCACCUAGUUACAGCAUUUGUUUUCCCCAGUCAUAAUUGUACAAUAUAAUUUAGUCAGCGAAAGACAUUGGAAGAGAAUAACGGUGUGUAUUUAAACGCUGGAGAUAAAUGCAUGCAUUUCGGAUUUUAUUUGUACUGAAGAGAACUGUGGUGAUUUUGAGGCUCACUUAAGAGAUAAAGUUGUGCCCUUACUUCCAAGGAAAAAGUGAGACUGUCCUUAACCAAAUCAUUUUUUUUAAAGACUUUUAGUAGUAGUUUAACAUCAAAUGUGACUGCUUUUUCUCCUAAUUUAUAGGAAUUCAUAUGGUCAACGUCUUCUUUUCCAGCUCUGUAUUAUUGCAUUAAGGGGCACAAUUAUUUAUUUUGUCAGAUAAACUAGAACCUUUGAUAAAUAGGAUGUUACGGUUUCUCUCAUAACUCGUUGCACAUAACAUUAACUCAGUAGAUGCUAACUGUACAAAAAUGCAAAUAAACAACUGUGUUGACUGUUUACAAAUAUGGCACCACCAUGUUGGUGAAAGUAACAACAGAGUGAUCUCAGAUAUACCAAUGAACAAAAUCACACUUUUCUUUGCAAUUUAGCCAUUGGGAUGGUUGAUUUUGGCCUGGUCUUUCUAAUCUCUAUUGCUUGAUUAUGUGAGUAAAAGCUGCAUUGAAAUUGGUGGGAAGGACAGCAUGGACUGGUCAGUCUGCAUUUUUUCAGUACUACCACAUUUGUCAAUAUAGGUUUCACUGUUACACAAGGUGAGUUUUUUUUUUCUUCCAGUAAUCCCUCCUGACAGCACACGAACUUCACUACAGUCAACAUUUAAAGGUACUUGUUAGCUUAUACCUUUAUUGUUUCACUUAACAUUUUUGGUAAAAUAUUUGUGCAGUCCAGUGAGAAUCUGAUAGUACACUGAUAAAUUCCAUGACUCAGAAUGGCCAAGAAUAUAAAACAAAAUUUACACAUUCACCUGACAUCCUUUAACAACUAAAUUGAUAAUUUACAACAUAACAGCUACACGACAACAUAAUGACUUAGCACCAUGUUUUACACCACUCGCUUCUACACAAUUUUAAGCAUUGAGUGAGACAGAACUAUCUAAACAAACCCAAUUCUUGAUAUAUCCUAAAUUAAAUCUGUACAAUGCUGUAUCUUUUAUUUUUGAUAC